GCUGGUCACUUGAAAACUUGCAAUCAUCCCAUCUUCCGGCAGUUCAGGUUUCACAUUUCUUACUUCAACUCCUACAUCGGGUUUGGCUUGGCGAAUACGGCUGAGGCGGCAUCGGUGUGGCUGACAGUGCUCGUCUCCAUAGAGCGCUACAUGGCCAUGAAGUUCCCCGUGGUGGCGCUUACCUACUGCAGACAAAAUUCAGGAAAAAUGCAUGUUGUAAUUAUUCUCCUCCUCGCAGUGGCUUUUAAUUUCCCCCUCUUUUUUAUAAUGCGAAUCUCACAAAGAAAUGUGACUUCGGAUUAUAAUGAAACCCGAGUCGUUCUAGCCUCCCAACUGACGGCUUUUGGCGAAUCAACUGACUACGACGUCUACAUCUGGUUCCGAUUCCUGUUCGUCCAACUAUUUCCCCUCAUCGCACUAUGCAUCUUUAGUAGCCUUCUUCUUAAUGUGGUAAGUGAGAGUUACCGAAAACUGCGUUUCAAUGAACUACCCGGUGCGCGAACGGAAUGCAAGAAUUCGCAGGAACUGGUAGAGGUUAGUGUGACGGGUGAGCGAAGCGACAGUACACAGCCCCAGCGCGUAAUGAGACAAAGGCAGAUGGAUAGGCGGCAACGGGCUCAAACAAAGCUGACCAUCAUGCAGAUUUGCGUAAUAUUUCUCUUCCUGAUUGGCCAAAUUCCACAAGCCUUCUCAUUCGAGAAGAUCUCAAACGCGAUCAUGCCGCCUGGGUGUGGGCGGUGCUGUAAAUUAAAAAACUACUACCGCCUCUGUAGUCAAGUCUUGAGCCAAAUAAGCUACUCCCUCCCAUUCUUCAUUUACUUCAGUCUAAACAGGUAUUUUAGACAGACGUUUUUGAGUGGCUGCAAAACCAAGGCCGUGGAUCAGUAUUGCCGAACUUCAAGAGUUGCCUAG